CUGGCCUAAUCUUCUUUCACGCGCUUUUCUUUCUCAUUUUCCAUUUCCCUGCUUUUCAGUUUCUUCCCCUUUUGAAAUUUUGUGCUCCAUCUUUAGAUGCGCAGACUGUGAGGGGAAAGGGUUUUCUAAAUAAAAUUCGAGGAAAAAAGCAAGGAUAAAGUGUUAAAAUGGCGCAGAAAUUUGCGGAAGCUUUUAUCGUGGUGAGAUGCGGACUAGGGUUGAUGUGCUGUGGAUAUCCGACCCGAGCUUCGUGUGCUGUGAUUUCGACGGCGGAAGAAUUUAUAGAGGGGUGAAGCACUAUGAGAAAUGAGAACCAGAUUGGAGAACUGAGGAGGGAUCGUGUUCAUGUGAAGUUGGGGAAAAUUAUGCAGUGUUUUUGUUCAGGGGAACAGUUACAAAGAGAUGAAAUGGUCCCUUCAUCUGAAUCUCUUGCAACAAAGGAUUAUUCAGCCAGUGUUUAUUCAUCCCGACCUGAAGAAGCUGAAAAAAAGCCUGAUACUGGCAACAUUGAAGAAGCCGAAACAUCGUUGCGUGAAAGUGGUUGCUUGAAUUAUGAGGAAGCUAGGGCAUUGUUAGGAAGGUAUGAGUACCAAAAAGGGAACAUAGAAGCAGCCUUACAUGUGUUCGAAGGAAUUGAUAUAGCUGGCGUGACUCCAAAUAUGAAAGUCACGCUUUCUAGAAUAGGAGAAACUCGUAAGAGGCACUCUCAUAAUUAUGCAACUCCUCCAAUGUCGGUACAUGCUGUGAGUCUGCUAUUUGAAGCAAUCUAUCUAAAAGCAAAAUCAUUACAAGCGCUUGGGAGGUAUAAAGAAGCUGCUCAAUCAUGCUCAGUUAUUCUGGAUAUUGUUGAAUCUUCACUACCAGCAGGCAUGCCUGAAAAUUUUGCUGGUGACAAUAAAUUGCAGGAGACUUUAAAUAAAGCAGUUGAGUUGCUUCCAGAACUAUGGAAAUUAUCCGAUUCCCCUCGUGAAGCAAUCUUGUCUUUUCGGCGAGCCCUUCUCCAUCCAUGGAACCUGGAUGCACAUACUACGGCUAAAAUCCAAAAAGAGUUUGCUGUUUUCCUUUUAUACAGUGGAGCUGAAAUAUUUCCUCCCGACUUGCGGUCACAGAUGGACAGCGCAUUUGUGCCCAAAAAUAGUAUUGAGGAAGCCAUCCUUCUUCUGAUAAUUCUUUUAAGAAAAGUCACUCUCAAGAGGAUUGAGUGGGACCCCUCUAUUUUAGACCAUCUGUCCUAUGCGUUAUCAAUGUCCAAUGGACUAGGUGCUCUAGCUAAUCAAGUUGAUGAGCUUCUUCCCGGAGUUGUAGAUUGGAAAGAAAGGUAUCAUACUUUAGCUCUAUGUUACUAUGGAGAAGGUUGCAACUUUGAAGCUUUGGAAUUAUGGAGAAAGUUGUUAAAAAAUAACAAGGAGUCAAUGUAUUUACUGGCUUUAUUAUUUGCUUCGAAGAUAUGUGCUGGGAAUUUGCAAUAUUUUCAAGAAGGGGUUACUUAUUCACAAAGAGCAAUUGAAAAUUCGCAAGGGACAUGUGAUUUGUUGAUUAGUGUUGCACAUUGCAUGUUAGGCAUCUCACUAUCGGCUAACAGUAAGUGUGCUGUGACUGACAGUGAGAGGAGUGAAAAACAAGCCAAGGCACUCAAGUCGCUUGAAAUUGCCAGUAAAAUGACAAAAAUGGAUCACCCCCUUGUUGUUUAUCAUUUGUGUUUAGAAAAUGGCGAGCAGAGAAAACUGGAUGCGGCUCUUCAGUUUGCGAAAAGAUUGGUUGUAUUGGAAGGUGGGUCCAAUAUCAAGGGAUGGAUCUUGUUAGCUUUAAUUUUAUCUGCCAAGAAGUGCUUUCCUGAAGCUGAAAGUAUUGUAAAUGUCGGUUUGGAUCAGACAGGAAUGUGGGAUCGUGGAGAACUGUUGAGGACUAAAGCCAAGCUCCAAAUUGCUCAGGGGCUUCUAAAGGAGGCCAUUGAGAGUUAUUCACAACUUUUUGCUGUCAUUCAGGUUCAGCGUAAAAGCUUUGGUUCGGGGAAGAAGGUUAAGGAGAACCUGAACUACAUUAGCAAUUUGGAGCUGGAAACGUGGCAUGAUCUGGCUUCCAUCUACAUCAAAUUGUCUCGAUGGCAUGAUGCAGAGCUUUGUGUUUCGAAAUCUGCUGCCAUUGGUCCUCUUUCUGCUCUUAGGUGGCAUGCUACUGGUUUGCUUCAAGAAGCUAGGGACAACCUUAAAGAAGCACUAAAAGCUUAUACCCUUGCACUGGAUGUCGAUCCAACACACGUCCCAAGUCUCGUCUCUAAGGCCAUGGUUCUGAGACAGAUGAGCUCACAAUCAUCCCCCAUUGUCAGAAGUUUUCUCACAGAAGCUUUACGGCUCGACAGAAUGAAUGCUGCAGCUUGGUAUAAUCUCGGUUUACUGUAUAAGGAAGAAAGUAGUCUGGUGAAAGCUGCCGAGUGUUUUCAAGCGGCUACUUCUCUGCAAGAAACCGAACCCAUAGAGCCCUUCAGAUGAUUGAUCACAUUUGUUUGUGCCAUUGUUUGUAUCAUUGAGCAAAACGAAAAUGUAAUUUGUUGUAGAAAUUGUUGUUUUUGUAUUUUUUUUCCCACUACUUAUUUAAAUUGCCGAGGAAAUUGAUCAAUGAAAACAGCGUGGUAUUGUCUUGUUCA